AUGCUUCUGGCUGCUUCUGAGGUCCAGAUCCUCAACUUCGUGCAAUCCAGGAACAAAGGACCCCACGGGAGGCUGAGGGGCAAGCUGCAGAGACUCCAGAAAUCCAGGGGCCAGGGGAAAUUCAAACUGCGCGCCAGGCCCAGCGUCGCGCAGGCGCACAACGGGACGAAGGGGACGGGCUCCAGGAGCACGGACUGGGCGGGGCUUUCCCGGCUCUCCAUGGACCAGAGCGGGACGGGGCGUGGAACAGCUUCCAAGAAAGACAUGGGACACACGGCCUCUGCCGGUAUAGAGUUCCAAACAGCCUCCCCAGGUCCCCCAAAAUCUGGAGGACCAAGGGGAAGAGGAAUCAGCUUCAAAAAGAAUGUCUCUCAAUCUGUAUAUCCUAAAGAAAGUGAAGAAAAGAAUUCAAAAGUUGUAGACCCCAAACUGUCCACAGAGCCCCUUCAAAACUUGUGCUUAGCAUCUCAAGAAGUUCUUCAGAAAGCUCAGCAAAGUGGGAGGUCAAAGUAUCUCCAAUGUGGUGGUUCCCGGAUGUUCUACUGCUACACGUAUUACGUCCCAGUUGAAAACGUACCUACUGAACAAAUUCCACUUGUGAAGCUACCACUGACGACUGACAUUAUUAAACAUCCAAAUGAAACAGAUGGAAAAAGUACAGCUAUACAUGCAAAGCUCUUAGCACCUGAGUUUGUAAAUAUAUACCCAUGCCCUUGUAUUCCAGAAUAUGAAGACCAUCAAGUGGCACUUGGUUUUCCUGGACCUGAGUCUAUAUCAAUACAAGAUAUUUCUUUUCAUCUACAAAAUCGAAUUCAAAGUAAAGCUAGAGGCAGAAAUGAUGACCCUGAUAAGCAGUCUUUUAAAUGCAAGAAAACUGAAGAGCAAGAGAGCUGUGAGCUGAACAAGAGCAGAGGCGCAACACUGAAAAAAAUUAUCUUCAUAGACAGUACCUGGAACCAGACAAACAAAAUAUUCACUGAUGAGCGACUACAAGGGUUGUUACAAGUUGAACUGAAAACCAGAAAAACUUGCUUUUGGUGCCAUCAGAAAGGGAAGCCAGACACUUUCCUCUCCACAAUUGAAGCCAUUUAUUACUUUCUAGUGGACUACCACAUGGAUGUAUUAAAAGAGAAAUAUGAAAGACAAUAUGACAAUCUGUUAUUUUUCUAUUCUUUUAUGUACCAGUUGAUGAAGAAUGCCAAAUGCUCUGGAGGUAAGGAAGCAGCAAAACUUAUCCAUUAG